AUGGCAAAUUUAGAGCAGAUUAAGGGCGUGGUUAGAGGGUUGACAGGAGCAGCGACCCUCGCUAAAAUGAUUGAGCUAACAAGGAAACCUAACAAGCAAAUCCUCGAGCAUGAUCGCAAGCGUCAAGAUAAACUCGCUGAACAAGGUUACACUGAAUCUGAGAUCGCUGAUAAGCUUGUUGAAGCUAGGAAGGCUCUCGAAGAUGCUCAACAAGAGAAAGACGAAGAAGAAGGAGAAGUUACACCAAUCCCUACUCGCCAGCAAAAGGUUUCGGAUACACAGACCCACCAAGUUGCUGCAAGGAAGGAGAAGCAGAUGGAGACCUUUAGGGCUGCUCUCGGGGUUGGAGCUUCUGAAUCUGGGCUUCCUCCUCUGCCAAAUCGUCGAAAGAAUAUCGAUGAGCGUGAACAUUCCUUUUUGGAUAGAGAUCCACCUGUUUCUGCAGCCAUGGAUGUGGAUGAUCCUAAGGCAAAAGCAGACAAGGAAAAAGAUAGCAGUUUAGAGCAUUCGAAGAAAGCUACUCGCAAGAAGAAGAGCCGUAAGGGUUAUGAUGGUGAAAGUAGUGAUUCUGAUGACUAUGCCGGUGGCAGGAAGCUAAAAAUAUCAGCGAAGAAGCAUGAUAGACGCAGACCAUCUGAUCGGUCGAAGCUUGGUGCUGCUAGUUUGGAUGUUGAUGAUCGACAGGCACAACAUCGACGUAGACAUGACUCUAGCGAGGAUGACUCUGAAACUGAUGGUGGGAGGGAAAAGAAUAGAGGUGAAGUUCAAAAAGCGAGAGGGCGUAAAAAGGAAUUGAUUAAGGAAGGUCGUCAAGGGCAUGACUCCAGUGAGGCUGACUCUGAUUGUGAUGGUGGGAGGCAAAAGAAGUGA